CCCCUUUGACCCCUCCUAUCCCGUCAACCUUUACUACGUACUUCCGUUCUGACACCGCCCAGACAGCAGCAGACAAGAUGUCUUACUUUUCGGAGGAGCAGAUUUCAGAGUUCCAGGAGGCCUUCUCCCUGUUUGACAAGAGAGGGGACGGGAAGAUUGACAAGGGACAGCUGGCCGAGGUGCUACGGUCUCUGGGUCAAAACCCAACCAACGCUGAGGUCAAGAAGGUGUCGGCGGAGUUCAGAGAUAACUCCAGGAUCAGUUUUGAGGAAUUUCUGCCCAUCCUCGAGGCCUUUGCCAAGCACUCCAAGGAGGCGGGGUCCUUCGAGGACUUUGUGGAAGGUCUGAAGGUGUUUGACAAGGAUGGCAACGGUCUGAUAGUGGGUGCUGAACUGCGGCAUGUCCUCACAACACUGGGGGAAAAGUUGACAGAAGAAGAAGUAGAACAAUUGGUGGCAGGACAGGAGGACCAACACGGCAUGAUUAACUAUGAAGAGUUUGUAAGGAUGGUGGUGUCCAACUGAGCAGCGCCAUGCUGGAAGAGCACUGACGCGAUCAACUAACACAAACAGCAAAAUCACGAACGAGAGGCCAGACCAGUCAAACUCUCCAUAAUCUUAAUACAAUAUAGGAAAUAAUACCCUAUUAAUUUUACCUUUGCUUAUAAAUUGGUACUAUUCGAAUCAAAGUUGACCACAUUUUGAAAAUAUGGCAAAUUGAGCACUGAGAGUUUUAUUAAAUGCACUAGAUUUCAAAAUCAUUUAAUGGAAAUAUACAUUUGGUGGCAAAGCAACCCUUGGUCUCAUAUUGUUAUCUUCUUAUACUUAUAUACUCUUCACUUGUGUAAGACAUUCCAGUUCCUUUAAGAUUGCUGUGUUGAGUCUUGUAAAAUAGUUUGCAGUCCUUGUUCAGUAGACGUUACUGGUUACCUGCCUUUCGGAGACAUUUCAAGACCUAAGGAUUGGACUAGAGCUAAAGUAUUGAAAAAUUAGCAUAUUGUGUCAAUCAGAGAAGGCACUGUCCCAAGGUACACUAGACGCUGGACUGGUCUGGCUUCAGAAGGGUGUAAGACUGGAGGGAACGUACAUUGUCCUUGACUUCCACCAGAAGGCCACAACAAUUCGAUUUGUUGGUUCACAGAUUUUUUCAGAGAAAAUAUGAAACGGCAGGGCGAAAAAAAAGAGUAAAAACAGGCCUAGGCAUCCAAUGAUAGCCCCAAAUGCUACGAUAGGAGUCAUGAAGUCAACAUACCACGCUGGUUUGUCAUGCAAACAAUGAAUUUUAAACUUCUAAACUAACAACUGCAUUGAGAGAUGGAAGACUAUAACAAUUCUGAAGAGAGGAGACUUCCUUCAACUGUUUGGGCCAAAAUAUGAGCAUUUUGGAGUUGAUUCAUAACCUGAAAUGUCUUUUUUUUUUGCAAUUUGGAAAAAAAUGAAGCCGGAAAAUCUGAGAGACGAGAACCAACAUUGCAACAAAUUAAAUUGGUGUGGCCUAAGGUGGCUUUACGAAAACUAGUUUUGAUACCUACACAAGAAACAACAGUAGUCUGUGUGAUGUACCAUACAGUAGGACAUAGUCAUGACUUAAGUGUAACUUAUGCAAAAUUGCUUUACUAGCGUGCUAGACUAGAGGUUUGAAAGAGGUGUACAACAUAAGAAAAGGUUGUGAUCACUGUUACAAGUGAUAGACCAUAUAUUUUAUUUACUUUCUUGAGGUUGUAGAUAACAAUAAGCUUAUUAGAACGUCUUCUUGAUGUUGUUCCAAAUGAAAACAUUGUGCUACACAAGUGUUCCACGCUACCAAUGUUGUAGUAUGACUCCAAAAAAAAGAAGUCCUGUACUGUAGCAACUGUUAGAGAUAGAGGAAUAUUCAAAGCCCCCCCUCCCCCGAUAUCACUUUUAAAUAAUAUAUAAUCCUUUAUCCUUGCCCCACAAGCUACGACCUUGUACCUCUUUUAAGAUAUGACCAACCAAUCAUGAAAGGGAUCCAUAUUGAAUGUGAACGUUAUAGCAGAUCUUCUACAGUCUGUUUUUGCAGUGGCAUUUUCCUUGCUUUCAAUGUACUCUCAGCCUAGCUUAUUGGUACAGGUAUGCUAGUUACUGUAAUAAAGGUUAAUGUUAGGCUUUC